AUGACUGUAGACGGUGAAGAGAAAACCGAGCGAGAGCGUGUUUACAUGGACAUAUCCAUCGGCGGCUUACCAUCCGGAAGAAUAGUUUUCGAAUUAUUUAACGAUGUUGCCCCAAAAACUGCUGAAAAUUUCCGUGCCCUAUGCACAGGUGAAAUGGGACUUGGUAAAGUAACCGGGAAACCGUUGACUUAUAAGGGUAUGGUAUUUCACCGUGUGGUGAAGGAUUUCAUGAUACAAGGUGGUGACUUUACUAAUGCUAAUGGAACUGGUGGAGAGUCUAUAUAUGGUGGAACUUUUGAGGAUGAAACCUUUGAACUAAAACAUGAUAAACCUUAUCUGUUGUCUAUGGCCAACCGAGGCAAGGAUACUAAUGGAUCACAGUUCUUUAUAACAACACAGGAGGCGCCGCAUCUCGACAAUGUGCACGUAGUGUUUGGCCAAGUGGUGGGUGGUGCGGCUCUAGUGCGCCAGCUGGAGGCGCUGCCAGUCGACCGAAACUCGCGCCCGCUCCAGGACGUGAUUGUGACCGCGUGUGGCCAGCUGGUUCGGCUGAAGACCGGUAAAAAACGUAAGCAGGACAAGGAGAAGCAAAAGGGAGACAGCGGUGAUGAGUCUGACCGCUCACACAAGAAAGACAAGAAGAAGAAGAAAGAUAAGAAAAAGAAAAGACAACACUCUGGACCAUCUGCAGAUGAGGAGGAAGCUGAGGAUGCUCCCUCUCAUCCGCUGAUUAUGACGACAAAGAUUGAUCCCAGGGAGAUACCAGACGUGCCUACAAAUAGGUUCCUCAUGAGGGGUGGCCGUGAACAGGAUAACGAAAGGGAACCAAGAAGAGAUAGAGAGAGCUUUAGCCAAUUCCUAAUGAUGCGAUAUCGCGAGAGGGAACGCCACGCGUACACCAGAAGUGGGAGGAUUAUAAAGGGCCGAGGAGUGUUCCGCUACCGCACGCCGUCUCGCUCCCGCUCGCGAUCGCGGUCAGUGACCCCGCCUCACUGGAGGCAGGCGCAGAGGAGGAUUAUCAAGCUCUCAGAUUUCGAGCAGCGCAUGGACCAAGAGCGCGCCGAGAGGGAAAUGCAGGAAGCACCGAAGAAGCAAAUGGAGAAACUUCUGGACAACGACGAACCCGGUACUCCCGAGCAGGAGAAAGAAGAAGGCGAGUGCGACACAACUCUAGAACGCUCCCGUCACGAGAGGGUCGAUUACAAUGCUUUGGACUUUGAAGAGGACCUCGAUCAUGAUGAGAGGCGUGGGGCGGGCCUGGGAGGGGCGGUGCGCGGGGCGGCGGGGGCGCGGGAGAUGCGCUCGGUGCGGGCGGCCUCGCCCCGGCAGCGCGCCGAAGCCCUGGCUAGGGCGCUCGGCGUCAACCCUCGCCACGACCAGCACCGGGACAUGCGCGACUACCGCGAGGGCAGGUCCCGCUCGCGGCGGCGCGAAGGCCCGGCCUCCAGCGUGCAGCCCGCCCCUCCGGCGGCGUCGCCCCCCGCCGCCCACCAGCAGGGCGCGCCCACGCCCGCCCACGAGGAGGCGGGCUACGACCCCUUCCGGCUGCUGAGGAGCACCUUCGCCAGCCAGCGCGCCCACCGCCACAGGGACCAGAGGAAAGAAGAACGUCACGAACGCUACGACGACCGCCGCGAGAAAGAGAAGGACAGAUACAAAGAGAAGGACAAAGAGGAUAGACACGACAAGCACAAGAGUGAAAGAGAUGACCGCAAGCAGUCUGAGAAAAGAAAAGACGACAAGAAAGAGGAAAGGGAGAGCAGGAAAGAAGAUAGGCCGACCAAUAAAGAGGAGAAAGAACAUAGGAAAGACGAUAAAGAUAGAAAGGAAAGCAGGGAUGACCGCGGCGACAAAGAUUCGAGAAAGGGAGACAGAGAUAGGAAAGAAUCAACACGCGAGAAAUCGCGCGACAAUGAGAAGAAUAGAGAUAGAAGCGACCGGCACGGAGAUGAAGGGAACAAAAAGAAUUUUGCCAGAGAAGGAACGAGGUCUCCAAAUGGAAGACCGCCGGCCGCGGCAGUGGAGCCUAGCGAUGAAGAAAAGAAAAAGCAGGAGGAGGAGCGUAACGAAGCCAGGAAGGAGCUGAUGGAGAUCGUGCGCCUCAUCAAGUCGAGGCAGCGCGACAGGGAGUCCAAGGCGGCCGAAGUGAAGAAGAAGAAGGCGUCGUCGGGGUCCUCUUCGGAGGAGGAGCACGAGAAGCGGCCGAAGCGAAAGCGCUCCGCCGAGAGGAAACGCAGCGACAGUCCGCGGUCCCGCCACUCGCGCCGUCGCCGCUCCUCUUCGUCGCAC